AUGGUGUCUGUACCUAGCGGAAUCUCGGACAGAAAGUCACUGCUCAAUAGGUAUCUCCAAUUGCCUCAUGAAAGUUCUCAAUUUUUGGCAACUUAUGUUUGGAUCGAUGGUUCUGGGGAAAAUGUCCGUUGUAAAACCAUGACUCUGGCUGAAGAACCGAAAGUUGUCAAAGAUUAUCCUAUUUGGAACUUUGACGGUAGUAGCACUGGCCAAGCUGAAGGAUCAAAUUCUGAUGUAUAUCUCUACCCAGUGGCUAUUUUCAAAGAUCCUUUCACCCGUGGGAAUAACAAACUGGUUCUUUGCGAAACUUACACUUAUGACCAAAAACCCCAUGCCAGCAACAAAAGACGCGAAUGUGAAGAAGUUAUGAACCUCGUGAAAGCAGAACGUCCCUGGUUUGGCAUCGAGCAAGAAUACACUAUCCUCGAUGUUGAUCAGUACCCACUGCAGUGGCCAAAGAAUGGGUACCCUGGGCCUCAAGGCCCAUAUUACUGUGGUGUUGGUGCAGACCGCGCUUUUGGUCGUGAUAUUGUCCUCGCUCACUACCAUGCAUGUCUCUACGCUGGCGUCAAUAUUUCUGGUACAAAUGCAGAGUGUAUGCCUUCCCAAUGGGAAUUCCAGGUUGGACCCUGUGAAGGAGUCGAAGCAGGAGAUCAUUUGUGGAUCGCUAGAUAUCUCCUUCAUAGAGUAGCUGAAGAUUUUGGUGUCGUUGUUUCUUUUGAUCCUAAGCCCAUGAAGGGUGAUUGGAAUGGAGCUGGUGCCCACUGCAACUUCUCAACACUAUCUAUGCGUACCCCUGGAAAAGGCAUUGAUGCAAUCACAUCAGCCAUCGACAAAUUGGCUCUAAACCACGAGGAACAUAUUAAACAAUACGAUCCGCGCAGUGGUGAGGACAACAAACGUCGUUUAACUGGACGUAAUGAAACUAGCGCUAUCGACGAUUUCUCAUCGGGUGUUGCAAAUCGUGGUGCUAGCAUCAGAAUUCCUCGUCAAGUUAGUGAGAAUGGUUACGGUUAUCUUGAAGACAGAAGACCUUCUGCUAACUGUGAUCCUUACUCCGUCACUAUGAUGCUGGUUAAGACAACGUGUCUCUAA